AUGACGGUGACUGUUCUGUUAUCUUUCCCUCCUUCCCCAGCCGCAUUCCCAACACCUCCUCUCCCCCCUUCUUCCAGAGCUGCUAGAAGCGAACUGCUAGAAGCGGUGGGUCGCACACUGCUAGAAGCGGUGGAUCGCACAGUGAGUGUGGCGGCACGCAAUGAGGAUUCAGCUUUGGAGGAGCAGCUAGCAGCACUGGAGCCUGUGGGAGUGCGUAAGACACCAGCAACAAGGGAAAAGGCCAAGCCGGACAGGUCGAAAUCAAAACCAACCUCUACCAGAGCCACUAACGGGGCAGCUCUUAAAGGGUCCGUCAGUGCUCCAUCCCUGGACGAGCCUGGAAGCUCCUCCGAAACAGAGGGAAAGACAGCAGGCACAGCAGGGGUGCGAGGGGGGAAGGGUGCAGGGGGCGGCAGGAGAAAGAAGGUCGAGGCGAGCUCUAGUGGAGGGUCAACUGGUGGAGGUUCAAGUGGUGGAGGUUCAACUGGUGGGGGAUCAGCUACAGGAGGAACGACCAGUGGGGGGUUAACUGGAGGAGGUGCGACUCUGACUGUUGGGAGCUUAAUUGCUGGUGCGGGGUCAGACGUUCUUCUUGCGGAGGCUAAAGCAGCUGUGCCCCUUUCAGUUUCAGCAGCUGCAAGAACCACUGAUGCAGCUGCUGAGAAGAGGGGGUCGGGUGCGGAAGCAGGAGCAGAGGAAGGAGCAGCAGCAGGAGCAGCUGGAGGGGCAGGGGGGGGAGAAGCAAGGGGAGCAACAGGAGGAGUAGCAGUGGCAGCAGGGAAUGGGGACGUGAGGUCAGAUGCUAGUAAAGCUGCUGCUGCUGUUGCUACUGCUGCUGCCACGCCCGCAGAUAGCGGGCCAGGUUUGGAUGGCCCAGGUUCCGGCCUAGAUGCAGGUUCGGCACCUGGCACGACUGCUGGUUCGGCAGCUGGGUCGGAUGCUGGCUUGAGCAGUGGUUUGGGGAUUGAGGCAGUGACAGGUUCGGAUGCUGUAAACACUGGGAUUGCAACAGAUAUAGGAGGGGCAGGAGGGAGCGAAGGAAUGGGCGAAGGAGGGGUAGGGAGCGAAGGAAUGGGCGAAGGAGGGGUAGGGAGCGAAGGAAUGGGCGAAGGAGGGGUAGGGAGCGAAGGAGGGAGUGACAUGGCUGCACAGCAGAGUAAGGUCACAGAGAGGGGAGGGUGUGAGGGAGAGAAGCAAGAUGCUGCGGUGGAUGAGGAGUUUUCAGUGGCAGCUGAAGGCGGGGUGCUUAUAACAGGAGGUCAAUCGGCAGGGGAAAUGGGAUCAGGAUCAGAAGAGGGGGUGAGGAGUGGGAGAAAGGUAGAGUUAGGAGGAAGUGAGGUAGGAGUGGGGGAAGGGGCCGGUAGCAAGGAGGGGGUGGAAGGUGAAAUGGGAAGUGAUCAUAACGGGAGGGGGGAAGGGGUGGAGAACGGUGUAAAGGCUGAGGCUGGGGUUGGGGUUGGGAUUCCUGGCACCGAUGUGACAGGGGGAGAGGGAGCACGGGGUGAUAGUAAGGAGGGAAUGACGGGAGGGGUUAGAGAGGGGAGGUUAGAGAAUGGGGGAAACGAAGAGGAUGGGGAAGGGGAGAGGAGAGUAGGGGAGCAAGGGGGGGUAGAAAUGGAGGAGGGAGGCGGAGUGGAAGAAGCAGAGGGAGAAGAGGAUGGAGGGGAAGGAGAGGAGGAGGAAGAAGAGGAAGGCGAGGAGGAAGGGGAGGAGGAUGGGGGUGAGGAGCAGGAAGAGGAGGAGGAAGCGGAGGAGGAGGGAGUGGAGAGGGACAGGAAGACGAGAGAGAAAGUGCUGAAAGCAUCAGAGACUCAGAGGGAUCUGGAGGAGGUAUAUCUGUGCACAGCUGUCGGCGCGGCUGCAGGAGUAGAAGGCAGAGAACGAGCUGCUGAAGCGACUUUGAAUUGCCUAUCAGCGCGGCUCCAGGAGUAUAAGGCGGAGAACGAGCAGCUGGAGGAGCUGCUGCAUGAGGAGGUGAGGAGUGGAGUGGUGCAUGGAGAUGAGGAGUGGUGCAUGGAGAUGAGGAGUGGUGCAUGGGAGGUGCAAGGAGAUGCAGUGAGGUGUGAGGUGCAGCGAGGUACUACAAGUAUGAGGCACAUGAGCAUCACCUUUCCUAAACUGCAGGCAGAGAACGAGCAGCUGGAGGAGCUGCUUCACGAGGAGGUGGGGCUUGGACUGGGUGAGGGGAGGGAGGGAGGGAGGGAGGGAGGGAGUGGAAAGGCAGUGGCAGCGGGGAUGGAGGCGAAGAACCGCGAGAUAGAGGCUCUGUGUGGCGCGCUAGAGGAUGCUGAGAGGCAUUCCGCUGCUCUCCAAGCCAAGCUCGCCUCCCUGCAGGUGCGUAUGAGUGGCCAAGCUCGCCUCCCUGCAGGUGCGUAUGAGUGGGUGAGGGGAGGGAGGGAGGGAGGGAGGGAGGGAGGGAGUGGAAAGGCAGUGGCAGCGGGGAUGGAGGCGAAGAACCGCGAGAUAGAGGCUCUGUGUGGCGCGCUAGAGGAUGCUGAGAGGCAUUCCGCUGCUCUCCAAGCCAAGCUCGCCUCCCUGCAGGGGAGGGAGGGAGGGAGGGAGGGAGGGAGUGGAAAGGCAGUGGCAGCGGGGAUGGAGGCGAAGAACCGCGAGAUAGAGGCUCUGUGUGGCGCGCUAGAGGAUGCUGAGAGGCAUUCCGCUGCUCUCCAAGCCAAGCUCGCCUCCCUGCAGGUGCGUAUGAGUGGCCAAGCUCGCCUCCCUGCAGGUGCGUAUGAGUGGGUGAGGGGAGGGAGGGAGGGAGGGAGGGAGGGAGGGAGUGGAAAGGCAGUGGCAGCGGGGAUGGAGGCGAAGAACCGCGAGAUAGAGGCUCUGUGUGGCGCGCUAGAGGAUGCUGAGAGGCAUUCCGCUGCUCUCCAAGCCAAGCUCGCCUCCCUGCAGGGGAGGGAGGGAGGGAGGGAGGGAGGGAGUGGAAAGGCAGUGGCAGCGGGGAUGGAGGCGAAGAACCGCAAGAUAGAGGCUCUGUGUGGCGCGCUAGAGGAUGCUGAGAGGCAUUCCGCUGCUCUCCAAGCCAAGCUCGCCUCCCUGCAGGGGAGGGAGGGAGGGAGGGAGGGAGGGAGUGGAAAGGCAGUGGCAGCGGGGAUGGAGGCGAAGAACCGCGAGAUAGAGGCUCUGUGUGGCGCGCUUGAGGAUGCUGAGAGGCAUUCCGCUGCUCUCCAAGCCAAGCUCGCCUCCCUGCAGGGGAGGGAGGGAGGGAGGGAGGGAGGGAGUGGAAAGGCAGUGGCAGCGGGGAUGGAGGCGAAGAACCGCGAGAUAGAGGCUCUGUGUAGCGCGCUAGAGGAUGCUGAGAGGCAUUCCGCUGCUCUCCAAGCCAAGCUCGCCUCCCUGCAGGCGAGCUCUGAAGCCCUGUCCAAGAACCGGGACUCCACAGAGGCGCGCAUGAUCCAGGCGCUCAGGGAGGAGCUGGCUGCUGCUGAGAGGCGGUGCGACGAUGAGCACGCAGCGCACCUCGUGACAAGACAGGAAGCAGCAGCACGGGAGCUGGAGUUAGAACAGCAGGUGGCGGAGGGCGUGGCAGCACUCUCUCGCAUGCAGAGGGCAGUGGAGGAGCGCACACAGCGAGUGUCAUCCCUUGAAGAGAAGAUAUCUGUUCUUGAGAUGGAGUGCAGCAGUCUCAACAGCGAGCUACAGGCACACGACGACAAGGCUAAGAGGGAUCUCAGGCGGCCAGUCACAGCAGACGACCCCUCCGUCCUUGCCCAGGUGCAGGCAUGGAAGGAGGAGUCGGAGCGAGCAAGGCAGCUGCUACGAGAGGCAGAGGGGAAGCUGGCAGGCAGCGAGGCAGAGGUGCAGAAGCUGCGAGUGGAGGUGGAGGCUCACAAGAGGGAUGCAGACUCAUCCUCGUUACAGGCCAAUGCAGAGAUGGAAAAGCGCUUCAAGGAGUUGACAGAGCUGCUGUGUCUGAAGCAGAGUCAAUUAGAGACAAUGACGAGUGAGAGGCAGGCGGCCAUGCUGCAACUGAACAAGGAGAGAAGAGAGCUGCAACUGGCCAAGGCACAGGCGGAGAGGGACAGAGCGGCACGCCGGUCAAUGCUGAUGGCAGCUGACGAGGAGGACAGUGAAAUGCAGUCUCUGGAGUCCGUGGGUUUGCCUAACCGGCGCUUCAUAGGCAAGAGGAUUCAGCAAGCAGCAAAGCUCAUCGAUCAUGGCACAGUGACUGCCGGCCGCUUCUUGUGGCGCCGCCCACUUGCCCGCCUUGGACUUGUCUGCUACUUGGUCUUUGUUCAUCUAUUUCUCAUGUACCUGCUGCACAGAUUACAGGAGCAAGCGGACGAGCUGCUGAACAAGGACCAGGUAUAUUUGGCUGCAGAGGCGGCAGCAGGCAUUGUGAAGCCUCACCCAGCUCGUCGUUAG